UCAGCUUUGUGUUCGUGGUCAUUUGUUGGUGCUGCAAGUCCGGAAAAAAUGCAAACGAUCGAUCAAACUCAGUUUGAAAAUGUGUCCUUUAACGUGCCGGAAGUAUUGUCCCGCAUCCGCAAGCAUCAGGAAGAGGUGCGCGACGUCGUCAAUGCCAACUACGUGGACUUUGUUUCCGUCAAUACGCGCGAUGUGCUCGCCGGGCUGAAAUCGCUGGAAACGGAAAUAAAAGACCUCGUCGCGUCCACCAACCAUCUAAGCGUGGAUAAGUCCAAUCUGGCCCGGAAUGACCUGCGAAACUAUCAGCGUGAUCUCGAGGAAGCGAUGCGCGGUUACAAGAUUGCCCGGAAGCUGCUUUCCAUUCACGAUCUGUUCGAAAGUCUCAACCUGGCAGGGAAUGGUUACGAAAAGACGGCACAUAUACUAGGCAAAAUCAAAACGCUCCUGGACGAGGUGGAAGAUCCCGUGCUGGUAGAUUUGCAUUGCUUUCAGGGACUUAUUCUACGCUAUGAAACCGAGUACGAAACGCUCAUUAACGAUCUUAAUACCAAAUUCAGUGAAUUGGUUCAGCUGCAGCAUCGUUCGUUUCAAAACACCAAAUCCGUCACGAUACGCAUUCACCGGGACGAAACAAUGCUGUAUCAGGUGGUGGUAACGCUGCUGAAAACGCAACACAAUUUCCGCACCGUUUGCCAGUUUCUGUUGGAGAACGUUUUUGCACCGGUCAUUGUAAAGCCCGUGUCGUUGAUAUGUGACGAAAAGUCGCAAGAUAACAGCGUAAUGAUACAACUAUCCUACCAGCUGACGGUGGGAGAAGAAUUGCGCCCCGGCUACAAGACGGUGCUGGCUAAUGUGAUGCAAAUCUUUUACAACCUAAGCAAUAUGAAUAUCGUCGUCUCGGAGAAUGAAUGUUUGUUCAAGGUGCUUGCCAAGCAGAUGAAGAAGGAGUUGUGCACUAUGCUAAUAGAACGAUGUCUCGAGCGUGAUAUUCCCGGUACGAUUGAAGGCAUGAAGGAGUCGUCGAUGGUGAAGGAUCUGUGCGAGUUCAAUGCGUUCCUGCAGACUACCAACUUUGUGGACGGGGAAAACGAUGGUUUGCUGGAGGAGUACGCCAAUUCGAUUGAAACGAUUCAUCAGAAGAAGCUUUGCGACAAUGUGCUUGAGACGGCGCUCGAAAUUAUGAAGCGCGAAAGCCACGAAAUGGUACCGAUCGAAGGUCACGAGUAUCAGUUCGUCGGAAGUACGGCGGCUCAAUUGUCCGGCUGCAUGGUAACGCGCACGGCGGUGGAAUUAAAAAAGUUUCUAGACAAAGUGUUGGCGGAAGCAUCCGCUCACGGAGAUGCUGCAAAUCGGUUCAUCAAAACGAUUGCAACCAUCCUGGAACGCUACAUGGUGGAUGUACCGAUGGCUAAUGAGAAGCUACUGUUCAAGAUUCCCCAACAGUCGGCACUGUUUCGGAACGAUUGCGCCUACCUGAACUACUGGCUGCAGAAAAAUGACGACAAGCUGAACGAUCACUGUUCGUUUGCUAACAUCUCGGACGCGUUAAAGGCUUGCGGAGAGGACAUUUUCCAGCAGCAGCUAAACAGCCAACGGGCCCAAAUGAUGCAAUCAUUGGGUGGAUUUAAGCUUUCUAUUAAUCUGCUAGAGCUGGGAACCGAACAGCAGCGAGCCAUCCGACAGUGUGUUCGACAGUUUGAACUGCUAAAAAAUGUUUGGCAAACCGUUUUACCUGAUCCCGUGUACAAGCAGAGUUUGUCCGGGUUGGUUGACCAGUUUCUGCAGGAAGUUAUGAAAAGAAUACAAAGUCUAGAAGAUAUUACGACCGCUAUCGGCAAUGGGCUGGUGCUACUUAUCGACAUCAUGACCGAAACGCUGCCAAAGCUUUUUAAGGAACCGAGCGAGAUUCAUCAGCUCGUCAAACAGUGGACGAAAUUGUUACAGCUGCGACAGAUACUGUGCGGUUCGCUGGUAGAAAUUACGGAACUGUGGGCCGAAGGAAAGGGCCCGCUUACGAUGUGCUUUAGCGCGGAAGAAAUCAAGCAUAUGGUUCGUGCCUUAUUCCAAAACACUAAACAACGACAGGCUUGCAUCGCUUCCAUCGUUUAAAAAUAGAAGUCGAACAGAGAAGA